AGCCCCCGAGCAAGCUUCCAGCCCCCCCCUCUCUUUUGCCUUGCCAGCCAGGGGGAGGGGGGGGGGCUUCCCAAGCCGGCCGCUGGGGGAGCAGCAGAGACAGCAGCAGCCGCCGCCAGCCAGCCGGCGCGUAAAAACGCAGCAAGGGCCGGGUGGAAAUUAAGGCAGCCGGCCAGGGCGGUUUGCAAGCUCGGGCAGGCAAGCAGGCGGAGAUCCGUCUGGCUCAGCUGUCGGCUGCCCUUCCUGGCUGCUGUGCUGCCUCCUCCCCACCCCCAAUUGCCGCCGCUGAGUCAAGCCGCGGGCAGCCUAAGGCGGCUGCUGCAGCCGCCGCAUCCAGAGCGCUGUUGCUGCGCCCCCGCGCGCGCCUUGCUGCCGCUGUGCCGGCCAGGUCUGCCACCACGCCAAAUGUGAGCAGCUCAAUCACCACAGCCCCCUGCACUUGUGCGAGGAGUGCGACGGGGAGAUCCACGGGGCGAUGCACUUUGACCGACAUAUCCGCUUCGACCUUCCUCCUCCAGGGUCUAUCCUGGCGCGUAACAUCUCCACCCGUUCCUGCCCGCCACGCACUAGCCCCGCCUCUGAUGUGGAAGAGGACGACGAGCCGCUGAUUGACGGGAGAGGAGAGAAGCGAAAUUUAGCUCGGAAGCCGAAGAAAGGAACAAGGAGACACACAGACGAUCCCAGCAGGGAAUAUUUCACUCUGAAAUUUGAUUUGAACGUGGACGUCGAAACAGAGAUCGCCCCCGCCAUGAAGAAGAAAUCCUUAGGGGAGGUUUUGCUUCCGGUUUUCGAACGGAAAGGAAUCGAUUUGUCAAAGGUCAACAUUUACUUGGACCAGUCCAACACUCCGCUGUCGCUCAACUUUGAAGCCUAUCGCUUCGGAGGGCAUUACCUGCGCGUGAAAGCCAAACCGGGAAACGAUCUCAAGGUGGAAGAGGGGGUGAAGGACAGCAAAUCCCUGAGUUUGCCCAUCCUGCGCCCGGCUGGCAUCAGCCCCUCCUUCCUCGCCACCCCGUCUUUGGAUCGACUGGAGCAAAUCGCGCUUCGCCGGGAGAGUGCGGACAUCGGGGGGUCUGGACGGCAAAGGAAGAACAUGAAUGAAUUUCUCGGUGAUGCCAGGAUCCCAAAUCCUGACCUUUUGCCUCCCACGGCUCCAGCCCCUUCCCCAGUGCCCAACGGGCCGGACACGCGGAAGAACCGGGCGGCCAGCCGUUUCAGCGGCUUCUUCGGGUCGGGCAACAGUGGCAGUUCGUUCUCCAGGGAGCUGGACAAGACGGAGCAGCUGGAGGCCAAACUGCAGUCCUACGGCCUCUUCGGCCUCCCCCGGAUGCCCGAGCAGCUGCGCUUCGACCAGGACUCCUGGGAGGACGGAGAGGAGGAGGACGAGGCCGGGCUUCGGAUGGAGGACAGCUGGCAGCAGAUCAUCCAGGGCGCCGAGACUUUGACGCGACGACAAUGUCACCAGCAGGAAGCAAUUUGGGAGUUGCUCCAAACCGAAGCUUCUUACAUCAAGAAACUGAAAGUCAUCACGGAUCUCUUCCUGUGCUGUCUUUUAAAUUUGCAGGAUUCGGGUCUCUUGUGCGAGGUGGAAGCCGAGCGGCUUUUCAGCAACAUCCAAGAAAUUAUCCGGGUUCAUCGCCUGCUCUGGAGGACGGUCAUGGCCCCCAUUUUGGAGAAGGCCCGGAUGAGCCAAAACUUGCUAGACCCCACCGAUUUGUCCGCGGGGUUCAAGACGUUCGGCUCCCGCUUCCAACCUUACAUCCGUUACUGUAUGGAAGAGGAAGCCUGCAUGGAGUACAUGCGGAAUUUGCUCCGGCAAAAUGAACUUUUUCGCCUAUACGUGACGUGGGCCGAGAAGCACAAACAGUGUAACCGCCUGAAGCUGAGCGACAUGUUGGUGAAGCCGCACCAGCGCCUGACCAAGUACCCUCUCCUCCUGAAGUCCGUGCUGAAGAAGACCGAGGACCCCGAGGCACGAGAAGCCGUCAUCGGCAUGAUCAACGCGGUGGAGCACUUCAUCAACCACGUCAACUCCCGGAUGCGCCACCACCAGGAGCAGCAGCUCCUGGCCACCACCGUCAACCGCAUCGACGCCUACGAGGUGGUGGAGGGCAGCACCGACGAAGUGGACAAGAUCCUAAAGGAGUUUCAGCGCCUGGAUCUGACUGGCCCAAUCCCCGGGACGUCGCGAGAGGAGACGCGGCAGCUGCUUCUGGAGGGGCCCCUCAAGAUGAGGGAAGGCAGAGACAGCAAGAUGGACGUCUACUGCUUCCUCUUCACCGACCUCUUCCUCAUCACCAAGCCGGCCAAGAAGGCCGAACGCACACGGGUGGUCCGCCAGCCCCUCCUCAUUGAUAAGCUGGUGUGUCGGGCACUCCGGGACCCAGGCUCCUUCCUGCUGAUCUACCUGAACGAGUUUGGCAGCGCCGUGUCUGCUUACACCUUCCAGAGCAGUGGGCAGUCGCUGUGCCGGAGCUGGGUGGAGGCCGUCUGUAACGCUCAGAAUAAGCUGCAGCAGCUGCGCCUGCAGGAGCUCCAACGCAACCAGCGGCUUCCUCAGGUGGUGGAAGCCAAGGUGGAAGAGGAAGAGGAGGAGGAAGGGGAAGGGGAGGAGGAAGGCAACAGGGACUCCUCGGAAGCCAGUUCCCCUCCCACCCUCCGGAAAAGCACCAGCAGCUUGGACUCCCAGCAGUGCCUCUCCGACGGGUCCACCGACACCAUCUCGGUGAUCGCGGCCGAAACCGGCAAGGAAUUCCAUUCGCCUUCCUUUGACGGCAGCCAGAUCCUCCUCCCGCUGGAGGAAUUGAGCACCGGCCCCCUCCCCAAUUCCGUCACGCCCUCCUCAGAGAUGGAAGAGCCUCCCCCCGACACCCCCGGAGCCUUGUCGAAACCGGAACCCAGCCCCUGCAGCUGCUCGUCCUUCGACAGCGCCUACGGGACCCUCUCGCUCGGCUCGCUACACGAACUCGGGGAGCCGUCGCUGCCACAGGGGGAUACGGCGGCUGAGGAGGAGGAGGAAGAGGAGGAUGUCGCCAAGACGGGUUCCCCUAAGCUGCGUCGGCGGACGCCCGUCCAGCUCCUGCCCGCCAAGACCAAGGUGCUGAAGUCCAAAUCCGAAGCCAACCUUGCGCAGGUGCUAUCGCCCUCGUUAUUCCUCGUCCAGAGUCAAAGUUUGUCCGAACUUUCUCCGCCGGUCAUGCUGUCCGGGAGUCCCUCCGUGCAGGAGCCCCAAGGCCAGAUCCUCUGCAGGGUCUUUAGCAGCAGCAGCAAUAACAGCAGCACUUCCGAACUCUCCGAAGCCGAGGAGACGUCAUCGGCGGGAAUCUGCGUCUCUCCGGGGUUGGCGGUCGCCGUCUCGAGCGGACCGCCGUCACCAUGCUGGCCGGACGAGGAGAAUCCGAGCAAGGAGCUGUCGGAGGAGCAGCAGGCAUUUUCCGACCCAUCGGCAAUUCAGCACCGGAAGUUGACUUUGGGCCAGCUGUACCGCCUCCACACCACGUUGCUGCUCAACUCCACGCUUACGGCCUCGGAGGUAUGAGAAGCGCCGGAAGAAGAGAACCGAAUGCAGGACAGAGGUCCGGUUCUGCGGUCGCACCCAUCCCCCGCAGGCAUCAAGACCACCCCGCCGCCCCAAGGGGGGUGGGCAGAAGGACAGAGCACAGCACCCCAAACGGGGACCACUUUUCUGUACGGGCGUGAUCCCAAUCGAUGUGUUUGCGGCCGCUGUGCACCCUUGGCCCGAGGACAGGACCGACAAAGGAAAAGUGGGGGGCAGGAAGGUAGGGCCCCCCCCAGAGUGCCCCCCCCCCAGCAACAGCUUCCCAGGAACUUCAAAUUUGAACCCUGAGUUUUCCCUUUUGCACUGUUUCAAUUCCUCCUGGUUCAAUUCUCCUCUCUGGACACAAAGGAUGGAGAAGGAUGAUUCAAGUGGAGCUCCGUGCGAUGCUUUCUCCGUUGUUUUUCUCCCUCGCCUCUUCCUCCCUCUAAAUACGGCUCCCUCGUUACCCCAAAUCUCCCCAUAUCAAGAAUUGAGCCUUGUUACUCCCCUUUGGACGUGCGCCUCGCUGGCCAUGGUCACCCCUCCCCAAAUCCACUUUCCAGGCCACCUAAAAUUUGCUCGUCCGUGCCACGCGCAGUGCUCAAUCCUCAGAGCACCAAGAAGGGACUUUCCAGCCUCGAUUAUCCUGCCUGGACAAUAGGUAUGACAGCCCCCCCCCCCCAAUCCUGUUCCCGUAGCGGUACGGGGUCUCCCCAUCGAGCAGGAGAAAAAUAAAGACUCCACGUCAACAAAAUAAACAAGUGUUGUUGUACAGAACAACGUAGAGGUCAUCUAAUCGAACCCCGGCAUCCUGAGAGUGGGAGGGAAGGGGUUUGAGCUGAGGUUGGCUGUUUUUCGAGAAAGAAAGGAGAAAGAACCGGAAGGUCGGAGAAGGGAAACGAGUGAAGAAAGAUAACCAAAGUGAUCCGAGGAACGAGAAAGCAAGACGGUGGCGGGAAGGACGAAGGUUUUGCAAGCUGGGCGUAUCGGAAGAAGGGAAAACGGAACAGCUGUUCGAGUUAAGGACAAAAUUGACAUUGAGGUCAUCAUUGGGGACGUCCGUGUGCCCCUCGGGGACCUUCCAGUUUUGGGGUGACAAUGGUCCCGGUUUUCAUUCUAUGGCUGACGUCUUCCGUGGACGAAAAACUAAAUUGGGGCCCCGCUCGGACACUGGACCAAAGCCCACCCACAAAUAUAUCGGCCGCUCGACAUAACUCUGAAACGAUGCAUUUUGUCCCCUAGCAACCCCCCCCCUUUUAAAAAAAAUCAGGGUGUGUUGCGUUUUGCGUUGGCUUAUAACGCUUAUUUAUUGCGCUUGUAUUCUCGCGGGCCCGCCCCCCCCACCAACCCCCCCGUUUCUCAAUGGGGCAGGAGAAGGGGUGGUGUAACUAGUUCAGUUUCUCUCCGACCAUGGCGUGCCAUGGCAUUUGUGGCUGCCCUCCCCAGAGAGGCUGUGGGGAGGGGUCUUGAUUUUGCAACCCUCCCCCCCCUUUUUUUUGGCAAAUGUGAUUCGCUUGGCGUAAUAAUUGGUCCCCCCCCCCUCCAAUUAAA